AAACAACUGUCAUUUACGUGGCCGGACAAAUGUUUUUGUAUUUAUAAUAAAAACUAUACUGUUAUUUGUGUUUUUGUAUUGAGUAAGUGUUAAAAAUGGGGCUUUGCAAGUGCCCGAAGCGCCGAGUAACAAAUCAGUUCUGUUUCGAACACAGAGUCUGUGUUUGCGAGAACUGCAUGGUAACCAACCAUCCCAUAUGCGUGGUGCAAUCGUAUUUACAAUGGUUACAAGACAGCGACUACAACUCAAUCUGUGAACUAUGCAGCAAAGAAUUAAAUGUUGAAGACAGUAUCAGGCUCACUUGCUACCAUGUAUUCCAUUGGUCCUGUUUGGAUCAUUUCUCGAGACAGUUACCUCCAACGACAGCCCCCAGAGGGUACACUUGUCCUUCCUGUAAAAGUCCCCUGUUCCCCCCUUCAAACCUAAUCAGCCCUGUUGCUGACGUUCUGAAGGAGAAACUCGCCGGCGUAAAUUGGGCUAGAGCGGGUUUAGGGCUCCCAUUGUUAUCUGAAGAUAGAGAGGUGAAGGCUGUGGUUAAUCACGUGACUACCUCAACCAUCUCAUCCUCGAGUAAGUCUCCAAACUCCACACAUUCCGUCGUGAAUGUGGAGGAUCAAGGUGCUUUCAGCCGGACUGGGGCUGACGGGUAUCAAGCUUCUUCUAACCGAAGGAUCUUCCAAGAUGUACGGGAAGUGAAACCAGUGGUUUUUGAUCAUGAUGAUGACAAAUAUAAGCGGAGGCCUGCGUCGGAACUUGUGAAAACGUGGUGGAGGAUAACUUUCGGGGGGCCCUCGAAAGUAAGAGGCGGUAGAUCAAUAUAUAAGAAGUAUUGUAUGUUGGGGAUAAUUUUAGUGUUGGGUGUUAUUGUUUUAAUGCUAAUUAUGUCAAGAUUAGGGAGAUAUACUACUGAGAAUGACCCUAAUUUCGAUAUAAGAAAUAAUCCUAAUAUUCAUGUGCAGCAUGUGCAAGCUCUUGAUUGAUGUGUGAAAUUGUAUAUUUUUUAUUUAAGUACUUUAUUAUGUCAAAGGUCGUCUUUAACUUCAAUUAUAUGAUGAUAUUGUACAUACUUAGAUUGAACGCUGAAUUAAAUAUUUCGGUUUACA